GAUAUUCUGUUACACAAAGGGGAUUUAAAUCGCGCGGGAAAACAGCGCGCGRAAAAACGUGUCUUUCCUUUAUGACGAAGAAAGCAGUGUGUUUUCCUUUUUUGCCGUAAAAGUCYGUUGCUAGUGGCGUAGGACAAUGGGAACCAUAGGGAAUGACCUUUUGGUUUCAAACACUGAAGGAUCUAAAGACGAAAUCGUUGUGAAAGACUCUGGCUCAGAACAUGAAGAUGUUUUAUCAGAAAAAGACGACGAGAAACGAACCGAUUCAGACAUCGAUAGUGACUCGGCAGUAAGCGUUUUAAAUUAUCUGAACGACAGUAAUUUUCGAUCGCCUUCACGAGCGUCGUCCUCAAAAUCGGAUAAAUCAGCGAUCAUUCGUCUCAACAGCGAGCUUUUAAAGGCAAAACGGAGUAACUGGGAAGUUGUGGACGCGCUAAACUGCGCUCAUGAUGAUAUCCGUGACCUCAGAAAGCGAGAACAAAGACUAAAUGAUUUGCUAAGGAAUAAUCUUAUUGACGGGGGAGUAUUAAACCGUGACUCAGUCAGGAGAACAGAGUUUAAGAUCUUGAAUACACAGCUGGAAAUACGACAAGAAGAGCUUUCAAAGACCAAAGACAUUGUCAGAAAACUAAUGGGAGAAAGAGAUCGCUUGAAAGAGGAAUGUUCACGGACGCGUGCUGAUUUAAACCUSCUAUCUUUACAAGAUAAACGUAAGGAAAAUGAACUCCAAGUAGUUCAAAAUAAUCUACGAUCMCUUAAAGAACAACAGAGUAUAAAGGACGAUAAUGGUUUUGCUUUAAGGGAGAAUGCUCUAKAUUUAGAGCARCAGUUGCGAUCAGCCAAAAACGCCGCUCAAAAGGCUGAAGAACAGAUCYCGACUCUACAAGAAACGUUACAUUUGCGCGGGAGCGAAAUAYCCAGUCUGAAAAACAAGCUAAAAAGACUUGAGGAUGAAAACGAUCUGGCGAAAAGUCAGUUAAACGAAAAAGAUGCCGUAAURGAGCAAUUAAAAGAGAAAGAGCAAGAAGUGUUCAAGGAUGUUGAGCAAGAACUCYCAAAAGAACUCACCACCUUGCAGAUGAAGCUGAACGAAAUGGAAAUAAAAAGUGAAGAAGACAAAAAGAAGAUGGCUGAGAUGAAUGAGAAAUUGAAAGAAUGGGAAAGGUAUGGAGGAAGGAUGAGUAAGUCAAUGGAUGAGUAUGUCCAUGAAGUAAACAGCAGGCAACUUGAAGCUCGCCAAGAAAUUGCAAAUUACAUUGAYYACUUGGAGCAUCAACUGUCAGCAAUCAAAUCAGYACAAAAACCAAGAGAAGAGAGUCUGACUCGUGGAGAUAAGUUCAGAAAAAAGAGACAUAAAUCUCCUGAAUUGCAACAACAUAUCCAAUCCAACUUAACACAUGAUUCAAGUGACUCCUCUUUGUCAUGUGGGAGUGGGAAUCACAACUCUGUUGAUAGCUUAGACUUUGCACAUGCUCAGUCUGAUAUUGAAGUGUUGAGUGAUGUUUCUGCUGGAAAACAAAAGGGACGUCGAAGGACACUACCAUUGACACCCAGUGAUAUUGAGGCCCUGAGUGAUGAUGGUGUAAUGAUGAACUCUAAAGCAAGCACUUUUGAUCGUAAUAUGAGGAAUCGUUUACCUCGACGGCGAAGGACACAGGAUUCRGGACUUGGUGAAAGUGUGAUUGGUCGUGAAGGAAUAAGAGAAUCAAGUAGYKAAAGCGUAUAUCCAUGGAGACAAAAUUCUAAGGAAUCUAAGCCCAGGUUCCAGACUUCUAGCCCAGUCAAAUGUCAAGGAGAAGAGGCUGGAAAUGAUUCUGACAGUUUCAUAACAAUAACUCCUCUGUCUGCUGGCACAGGGAGCCCAAACUCAAGUGGAGUUGACUCAGAUGUGUCAGACAAACAACUGAGGUUGAURCCWAAAAGCAAAGAAAGUAGGCACAUCAAAAGGGAACAAGUUCCACUGCGUCGAUUUUUGUCACAUGAUAGACCACGUGCUCACCGACGUCARGCYGCACUGUUGUUGGUUUUUCGGUACCUGACUCCACUUGAGCUGUGCAGUCUUYCUAGAGUUUGUAGAGAAUGGAGAAGUCUUGGUGAACAUCCAUCGUUAUGGAAAAAUGUAGUCAUUGUGAAUACYCAAGUCAAUAAUAUGUCCCUGCUGUCCAUUUCUAGACGUUGUAAACCCACAGAAAAGCUAACCCUCAAAGGUCUGAGGAGAGUUGGACGAGAUUUGGCGGAGAUGAAUGACAACUGUUACCUCGAGAAGGGCCUGGAGUACAUCUUAAAAGUUGCAGCAGGCUCAUUGCUAUACUUACACAUAAAUGACUGUGAGAACUUGCUGACAGACAGAUGUCUUCUGCUGACCGGUAGUCAUUGCCGCAAUCUUCAAUCCUUUACYUACAUCAGUGAAUUCUACCCGGCAUGCCCUGAGGCACUAUGGUCUCUUUGGAACUGUAGAAAUCUGACUUGUCUACGAGUKCCCCCUAUGACCCCAAGUGAGCAUCCAAACCGAUUCAACGACAAAAGCUGCGAAACCAUCGCCAACUGCUGGCCAGGCUUGCGAAAACUAACCAUCGGUGGCUUAGGRAUGACAUCUACAGGUCUCACGAACAUAGCACAAGGUUGUUUACGUCUACAAGYACUCGAACUUGACCGCACCCAUUAUGUGACCGAAGAGACGGCCAGCGCUAUGUGUCAGCUUGGUCUCAGAGGUCUACAAGUGUUGCUUUUUACCUUUACUCCUGUCAGCCCCGCAGCUGUACGACAGUUUUAUGCUGCAUGCCCUCGACUUGAGUACAUGGCAAUACAUGUGGGAAUCUCUGAUUACUUCUCGGAUGUAAAUAACCCUGAAAAUAUUCGCAAAUACUCAAGAAUGGUAAACAAAAUCGAGGRGUUACGAGAAGAAAACUCGGACUUGGCUCGUGUUCUUCGCAUCAAAGCCGACUAUGGAUAGUACACAUGAAACAAAACUUUUUUGUUAAUGUAAAGAGAGAUUUAUACUUAUGAAAACAAUGCUGAAUGGAUUUAAAAUAUUAAUAAAACAUGUAAAACAGACGAUCUUGCAAGACAGUUUU